AUGGGAUCUUCAAUUAAUUAUCCUGGAUUUGUGAGUAAACCGCAGCAGAGACCGACCAGCAACCCCUUUUUCCCGCGAGAAAAUGUUGGAAACAAGCAAACCGGUGCCAAAUCAAAGCUUUCGCUUGCAUUGCAGAUUCAGCGCGAAGACGGCGAAGAUUUGAAGAGUGACGAAGAUGAGGUAGAUUCAGAGGACUCUUCGUGCGAUGAGAAGAAUGAAGAGAGCUUGGGCGACUACAAGCCUGGUGGUUACCACCCUGCUUACCGGGGAGAAGCGUACAACGCGGGACGCUACGUUUUAGUUAGAAAGUUAGGUUGGGGCCAUUUUUCGACCGUGUGGCUGGCCAAAGACACCGGUAACGGUAGACACGUGGCUAUGAAGAUAGUGAGGAGCGACAAAGUUUAUACAGAAGCCGCACUUGACGAGAUCAAACUUUUAAAAUGUGUUAGCGAGCCUCGCUCGGAGGAUGUCGAAGGCGCACAUUUAGGUGCCAAACAUAUUUUGGCGUUAUUGGAUAAUUUUACGCAUGUGGGACCAAACGGUAAGCAUGUGGUGAUGGUUUUCGAGGUUUUGGGCGAAAACCUUUUAGCAUUGAUCAAAAAGUAUGAACAUCGCGGUAUUCCGGUGAUGUACGUGAAACAAAUUGCAAAGCAGCUUUUAUUGGGGUUGGACUACAUGCAUCGGAAAUGCGGUGUUAUUCACACCGACAUAAAGCCGGAGAAUGUCCUCAUGGAGGUUGGGGAUGUUGAGGCUAUUGUCCAAAUGGUGGAACUCAUGGACAAACAAAGAAGAGACAUGAGGAAAAUUAAAAAAAGAGCUUCCAGGCCUGAAAAAAGCUCAACGUCUCUGCAAAGACAGUCAUCGAGGAGCAGCACGUCGAUAUCUAUGGACAGUCCGCACACACGCAGAGCCAGAAGAAACACGGUUAUAACCGGGUCGCAACCAUUACCGUCCCCUAUCAGCUCGACGAGCUUUUUCGAGUUAAGAUCCCAGACGCUUGGCCAAUCUCUGCCCAAGGCUUCGUCGUUCUCUCCCAAGAUUGGUCAAAGUGCAGGCAACAUGGAAGACGAAGUAAUAACUAAUUCUCUAUCUUCUUUCGAAAUUUCUUCUUCGGCCCCUGACGAUCAAAUCACGAAUCCCGCGGAAGAAGACUCCUCAGACGCGAUUUUGAUCAAGAUUGCAGACCUCGGAAACGCAUGCUGGUACGACGAACAUUACACCAAUUCUAUUCAAACCCGAGAAUACCGGUCUCCAGAAGUCCUUUUGGGCUGCCAAUGGGGUUGCAGUGCAGACAUAUGGUCCACGGCAUGCUUGGUUUUUGAGCUUCUUACUGGCGAUUUCCUCUUUGAACCUGACGAAGGACACUCUUACACGAAAGAUGACGAUCACAUGGCCCAAAUUAUCGAGCUUUUAGGAGAAGUACCGCCAUACUUGCUCACGACUGGUCGGUACUCCAAAAACUUCUUCAAUUCGAAAGGUCAGUUACGUAACAUUUCAAAGCUAAAAUUCUGGCCCUUGCGUGACGUUCUGACCGAGAAAUACAAAUUUUCCAGUAGCGACGCGCAAGACAUCUCAAGUUUUCUACUUCCAAUGUUGUCUCUCGACCCGCGCAAAAGAGCAGAUGCUGGUGGAAUGGUAAAUCAUCCCUGGUUGGAUGAUACGGUGGGGCUGGAGAAUGUGAAAUUAGAUGAUAGAGAACUUUACGGUAGCGGUGCCGAUAUUCCGGGAUGGUUUCAAGAGGUUGCUGGGCACGUAAGGCACUAA